UCGUAACUUUAACCACAUGUUUGAUGAGCUGCUUCAUCUUGUCACUUCAUUUUAUGUAUUUACACUUUUAUUCGCAUUGACAGCAUCGCCUUAUUUAUUGAUUUGGACACAACAAACACUGCUAUACUCCCCAGAGACAGGUGAACAGGCACUUAGCAGCUGGAAUAAAGCGCCUGGUCUUGGUUUCCUGCCUGGAAAUCCUGGCGCUAACCCGAGCUAGCGGGUCCUCAAACUGGGCCCGAAGUACCGCUGGAAGCCGCGUCGACCAGGCGGAGCUCCGGUAAGAAGCGUCGGAACCAGCCGAGCUCUGUGCGCCUCCAGAGGCUAUCAUGUACCCGAAUGACAGCGGAGGUUACUUCAAGAUGUCUCCCGUUGAUUUCCUCAGGGACCUCAUUGCCACGGUAACGCUCCACAGCCUGAGCGGCAAUCAGCCUCCGCUAACAAAAGAGAUGAAAGACAAGAACCCCUGGAACAUGUCGGUGACCGUCAUCAUCGCCGUCGUGGGCGUCAUUGCCGUGGUCGCCCUGGUGACAGUAUUGGUGGUCCAGAACAUACCCCUCAUUCAGAAGUACAAGUAUGGCAUCGUACUGGAUGCCGGCUCCUCCCACACCACCGUGUUUGUCUACCAGUGGCCUGCAGAGAAGGACAACAACACGGGAAGAGCUGAACAGAAGCACUCCUGCAACGUCAAAGGUCCAGGUAUCUCCAGCUAUUCAGCCACGCCCUGGAAGGCCGGGGAGUCCCUGAGAGCAUGCAUGCAGGAGGUGGAGGAGAAUAUACCCAGGAAAAGACACGCUGAGACUCCGCUUUACCUCGGAGCCACGGCCGGGAUGAGAUUGCUGGAGAAGGCCAACAGCUCCGCAUCCGAGGAGGUCUUCAAGUCCGUCUCAGAGACCCUCCAGAGGUUCCCCUUCUCCUACCAAGGUGCCAGGAUCCUCAGCGGCCAGGAGGAGGGUGCCUUCGGCUGGGUGACGGUCAACUACCUGGAUGACCGCCUCAAGCAGGGCCUGAAGACCACAGGGGCUCUGGACCUCGGCGGGGCAUCCACCCAGAUUAGCUUUGUGUCCAAAAUAUUCGACGGCUCUGAGUCACCCGACAACUCAGUGACCUUCCGUCUCUACGGCAACGACUACAACCUUUACACGCACAGCUUCCUGUGCUACGGGAAGGACCAAGCGCUGAAGAUGGCGCUGGCCCACCAGACCCAGGCGAGUCCUCAGGCGGUAUCCGACCCGUGUUUCCACCCGGGUUACAGCGAAACAAAGGAGUACUCGACCCUGUACGACAGCCCCUGCGUGUCGGACAGGAAGCCCCAAGGAGCCCCGCCGGUGUUCCGACACAGCGGCAUGGGAAACUUCCAACAAUGCCAGGAGAUUGUACGGAACCUCUUUGACUCCAGUCAGUGUAAAUACAGCCAAUGCUCCUUCAACGGGGUCUACCAGCCUCCUCUGCAGGGGCUGUUCGGGGCCUUCUCCGCCUACUACUACGCCAUGAGCUUCCUCAACCUCACCGACACAUCCAUCCCUCUGGAUACGGUCAAGGAGAGGAUAGCCAGCUUCUGCGCUACACCUUGGGAUCAGGUGAAGCAGCAGAACCCCGGCAUUAAGUUGAAGUAUUUAGUAGGGUACUGUUUCGCUGGAACCUACCUCAUCACGCUGCUCACAGACGGAUACAACUUCACCUCAGAUACCUACUCCACCAUCAAGUAUCUACAGCAGAUAAAAGGAAGCGACGCCGGCUGGACUCUGGGCUACAUGUUGAACCUGACCAACAUGAUUCCUGCAGAGGCUCCCGACACGCCCCCCCUGCCCUACGCCGGCUACGUGGCCAUCGUCACCAUCAUGGCCUUGAUGCUGUUCUCCAUCUUACUGGUCUGCAUACACUCCUUCAGGCCUCUCUGCACCAAGCCGCCCCCGCCGGCACAAAUCGUAUAAACACCAGCUAAUGGAGGGCACCAUCGCCUAAAGGUGAUGCAUCAGUCUGAGUCUGCACGGCAACCUAAACGGGAAUGUAAUAAUGUACAUUUAUACACAUUCUUAUCAUGGAUGAUACAUUCUAUUUUCACUUUGUCCCAUUUUUUAAUCUAUUUGAAGGCCAUCAAGAUGAGCAUGGUAUUGUAUAUGAAAUAUAAUACACACUUUAGCUUUGGCUGGCUUGUAAAUUGGUUGUGGAAAAAAGAGGAUGUGCUGCCCUCUGGUGUUCAAACACCCACAUUGUAAAUAAAUUUGCACCAAUUGAA